AUGUUUUUCGCAACACCUGCGGAUGAUCAAGUUAACCCAAACGGAUUUGACGACGACAUACAGUUGAAUGGCGUGUACCUCAAUGAGGCUAGUGAUGAAGCACAAGCUCUACUCGAUCUCUACAACACCACCAGCUAUGCCCAGCAUACCAUCCCGGCUUUCUUCGAGCAGAUCAUGGUUCCCGCACCAGACUUUAUGGGUGUCGACUACAUGCAAGCGCCUCCAGAUCUGACGGCUUGGAUGCCUGAGACCGACUGGCUUGGUCAAGUCGACAUCUUUGGCAACGACUUCACUCCGACUGUCAGUCAAAUGCUAGAAGCGCCAGUGUCGCAGGUGACUGCCCUGCCUGCAGCCACGCCGCCGGCUAAUACAGAUGUUUCUCUUGAGAAGAUUGAUAGUGACUCCGCAAGAAGGCGCCAUGCAGUCUUCAAACAGUCUGCCUGGUUCUGGAUUCCCGAGCGUAAUCAGCAUGCUUUCAGUGAGCACGAAAACAUCGCUCUGGAUGAGCGCAACGUGGAUCUUGCUUCGUCACCACAUAUGCCGUAUGCAUCCAACGUUGUGAUUCCAGAUCAGUUAUCGUCAGCAGCCCGCGAUCGCAUCUUCCAACUAGUCUCCAAGACUGCACAAAGCCAGAUCACGAUUCCGUCCUUUCCUUCGGCAGAGUGCGUCGACAAGCUGAUCAAGGUCGGGAUUGCGAAAAGAACGGAGACCGAUGCCUGGAUCCAUCCAUACACGUUCGAGAGCGAAACCGCCCGACCGGAGUAUCUUACUGCCUUGGUGGCGGCUGGGUGUGUAUGUUUUGGCGUGCUAUCGGUGAGCAGGACAGGCUUGGCGUUACAAGAGAUCGUUAGAGUCGCGUUGAACAGGUUGUCUGAGAACGACAACAGUGUGAUUCGCGAUUUGGAAUAUCUCCAAGCUUCGAUGCUAUGGCUUGACAUCGGAGCAUUCUGUGGGUAUAGAAGGAAGAUGGAAAUUGCUGAGAGCAGUUUGCAGUCUCUUGUCACGGCACUGCGGCGUGCCGGCAGGUUUGAUCACAUCCGCUAUCCCGCAAUAACACCAUCUGCCCAGGAUAGUGACGAGGAACUACAGACAAAAUGGAAGCGAUGGGUGGAGCAAGAAUCAUACAAGAGGUUGGUAUACCACCUGUUCGAGCACGAUAUCCACAUGACCAUGGCUAAGCACCGCCCGCCGCUGAUCACUUAUGCUGAACUCACGCUUAUAUUGCCUGCGUCAAAGACGCUUUGGCUAGCACCUUCAGCAGAGACAUGGCGAAUACGCUAUCUCGAGAUGGAUAUCGUCGCCAGCCGUCCCUCGCUUCAAACCCAUCUCAAGGACGAGGCCGCCAUACUCUGCCUUCCUGUGGAUAUUGAUGCGCAAGUUGCUCGUUCGUCCUACCUUCAUGGCAUUGCUGCUCAGAUCUGGGAGUACGCACAGCAGUCCGCCCUAAUGCACGAGGACAGUGACCCCUCUUCACAGCUCUGGGCCCGAUCGCGUCAGGAGAAACUAUACCACUACUUGCAACGCGAAGACCUCUUGCCUGGCAACUCUCCAGCUGUCACCUGUCUGUUCCACCAAUUUUUGCAGAUGUACUUGCAUGUCAAUCUCGAUUUGAUCACCCGAUUUGCAGGCAAAUGCGGCGAAAGCGCUGCCAAUAGCGCGUACACUCACCUCUCACCCUGGAGCCAAACUAAGGAAGCCAGGAUCGCGAUCUGUCAUGCUGGACAGGUAGUACGAGCCGCUCGACAUAUUCCGCCCUACCAGAUUCGUGGUCCUGAUUCUUUCAUGCUGUAUCACGCCAUCAUGGUUCUUUGGACUUACAGCAUGAUGAUGCGAGACCGAGCGAAGAAGACUGGUACCACAACGCCGAUGCGUGCUCAACCAAGUUCGUUUCUGAGCAAGGUCAUCUACCUCGACGAUGCUGCAUCGGAAAACCAGACUUCUAUUCAUUCCUUUAUUCUUAUGAACAGCGGCAUACCGUGCCUGCGCAUCAUCUCUACACAUCAACCAGUAGCAUCGGAGUCUGGAGUGGCUGAUCGGCCCGAAAUCUGCAACCUCAAGUACCCUUCACAGGUCAUGAAGGUCGGCGUCAGGCUUCUCGACACAACACAUCCUGAUGUGGACCGCGAGACUGGACCGCCUCUUGUGCGCGCGCUGUGCGGACUUAUGGAAGAGCUUGGAGGCCUUCGAUGA